AUGCCCGACCCCACUCAGGAUGCUCCCGGGCACUAUUGGCUGGCAGCCCCCGACGCCCCCGGGGGGCUGGGGGACAUCAGGGAGUCCCCUGCUGCCGAGCCCCCCACCCCCAAGGGCACUCCCAUCCUCCGGAGGAAGACUGGGGAGGACGGAGAGGAGUUGGUGGAGGAGGAGCCACAGAAGGAAGAGGAGCCAGCAGGUGAGGCGGAAAAAGCUGACAUGGAGAAUGGGGAGAAGGCCGGGGCAGAGGGGGAGCCUGAGCCUGGUGCCCCCGAGGAGGAAAUUGGUCGCCCGGAGUGGAAGGAGCUGCCGGCCAAGGGAGCCUUCGAGUUCUGGGCUGAGCUGGAGGUCCAGAGGGUCAAAUUCCUGAACUACCUGUCCAGGAACUUCUACAACCUGUGGUUCCUGGCACUCUUCCUUGCCUUUGCCAUCAACUUCAUCCUCCUCUUCUACAAGGUGUCAGAGCACCCUCCAGGUACUGAGGAGGAGCUGGAGGGCUCGGGGCUGGCAGCGACGAUGGCUGGGGGGGCCGGGGAGGAGAGCGUGGUCUAUUACUUCUUGGAGGAGAGCACGGGCUACAUGCAGCUAGUGCUGCAGGGCCUGGCCCUGGCCCACGCCCUCAUCGCCUUCCUCUGCAUCAUCGGCUACAACUGCCUCAAGAUCCCGCUGGUGAUCUUCAAGCAGGAGAAGGAGGUGGCAUGGUGCCUGGAGUUCUCAGGGCUCUACAUCACCGAGCAGCUGCCAGACGAUGACAUCAAGGACCAGUGGGACCGGCUGGUGCUCAACACCCAGUCCUUCCCCAGCAACUACUGGGACAAGUUCAUCAAGAGGAAGGUGCUGGAGAAGUAUGGGGAUAUCUACGGGCACGAGCACAUUGCAGAGCUGCUAGGGAUGGAGCUGGCCAGCCUGGAGAUCGGGGUGCAGGGCGAGAGGAAGGUCCCCGACAGCUCCCUCCUUACCUGGAUCACAUCCAUCGACAUCAGGUAUCAGAUCUGGAAGUUUGGGGUCAUCUUCACUGACAACUCCUUCCUCUACCUCACCUGGUACAUGGCCAUGUCCCUCCUGGGCCACUACAACAACUUCUUCUUUGCCUCCCAUCUCCUGGACAUCACCAUGGGAGUGAAGACCCUCCGCACCAUCCUCUCCUCCAUCACCCACAAUGGCAAGCAGCUGGCGAUGAUGGUGGGGCUGCUGGCCAUGGUCGUGUCCCUCUACACCGUGGUGGCCUUCAACUUCUUCUGCAAGUUCUACAAGAGUGAGGAUGAGGAUGAGCCUGACAUGAAGUGCGAUGACAUGAUGACGUGCUACCUGUUCCACAUGUAUGUGGGGGUUCGGGGGGGGGGCAUCAGGGACGAGAUCGAGGACCCGGCAGGGGAUGACUAUGAGCUGUACCACGUCGUCUUUGACAUCACCUUCUUCUUCUUCGUCAUCGUCAUCCUCCUGGCCAUCAUCCAGGGUCUGAUCAUCAAUGCUUUUGGGGAGCUGCGGGACCAGCAGGAGCAGGUGAAGGAGGACAUGGAGACAAAAUGUUUCAUCUGCAGCAUCGGGAGAGACUAUUUCAACAUGACCCCCCACGGCUUGGAGACCCAUACGCUGGAGGAGCACAACCUGGCCAACUACAUGUUCUUCCUGAUUUAUCUGAUCAAUAAGGACGAGACGGAGCACAUGGGGCAGGAGUCCUAUGUCUGGAAGAUGUACCAGGAGCGCUGCUGGGAUUUCUUCCCCGCCAGUGAUUGCUUCCGCAAGCAGUACGAGGAUCAGCUGGGGUGA